AUGCCUCCGAAAGAAGUCGCUGUUGAGGAGAUCCUGCUUGGUCGGCCAGGAAACAGCUUGAAGAGUGGUAUUGUCGGGCUUGCCAAUGUCGGAAAAUCUACUCUUUUUCAGGCUAUCACCAAGUCCAAUCUUGGAAACCCUGCUAAUUUCCCAUACGCCACAAUCGACCCGGAAGAGGCUCGGGUUAUCGUACCGGAUGCUAGAUUUGACUGGCUAUGCGAGAAGUACCAGCCCAAAUCUCGAGUGCCUGCCAAUCUCACGGUAUAUGAUAUUGCUGGUCUGACACGUGGUGCAUCUACCGGUGCUGGUCUCGGUAAUGCAUUUUUGUCACAUAUUCGUGCUGUCGAUGCUAUUUUCCAGGUUGUCCGGUGUUUCGAUGACGCUGAAAUUAUUCACGUGGAGGGCGACGUCAACCCAGUCCGUGAUCUUGAGAUUAUCCGAGAGGAGUUACAACUCAAGGAUAUAGAAUUUGUCGAGAAGGCGCUCGAGAAUCAAAAGAAAAAGACUCGGCAAGGCGGCCAGAGCUUGGAACAGAAGAAAGCUCGUGAGGAAGAGGCAACUAUCGAGAAAAUUCUUGCCUGGCUGAAGGCCGGAAACGACGUCCGGAAAGGCAAAUGGACUCCAAAGGAGGUCGAAGUGAUUAACCCUUUAACUUUGCUGACAGCCAAGUCCGUUGUGUUCCUCAUUAACAUGUCUGAGAAAGACUUUGUUCGUGGCAAGAACAAGCACCUGGCCAAAACUGCUGAGUGGUUGAAGAAGAACGCACAAGGCGAUCCGGUUAUUCCACUAUCCGUCUCUUUUGAGGAACGCCUCACACACCUGGAAACCGAAAAAGAGGCUCUUGAGGAGUGCCAACGGCUGGGUGUGAAGUCUAAGCUGCCAGAUAUUAUCGUUAAGAUGCGUGAGGUACUCAGACUCGGCAGCUUCUUCACUUCUGGUGCCGAUGAGGUUCGCCAAUGGACAAUUCGGAAGGGCACCAAGGCACCUCAGGCCGCUGGAGUCAUCCACACAGAUUUCGAGAAAACUUUCAUUCAGGCAAUCGUUUACAACUUCCGGGAUCUCAAGGAGCUAGGCGAUGAGGCUGAGGUGAAGGCCAAGGGUAAGAUGCUGACCAAGGGACGAUUGUAUGUCGUCGAGGACGGCGACAUUCUUCUCAUCAAGGCAGGUGCUGCGAAGAACUAA